AUGGCGGCCCGUUUCUCUUCGGUUCCGGUGGACCAGGUGAUCCACCGUGCGAUUUCGGUUAGGCAAAUAGAAUUUCUGCACACCACCUUCCUAGUACGGGCUGGCCGACUAACACGCUCGGAGCUUCGAGAAGUUCUCGCCACCAUCGGAUUGCGGUACACCGAUGAGCAGUAUCGAACGUUAUUCCUGCAGAUAAACACCGAUCAUGAUGAAUUUUGCCAGUGGGACGAGCUGCUCAGUUACCUGAUUCUGGGUUUCCAGGACGACGAUCCUUUGGCCGUGAAGCAAUCGCUCGAUCUACCCAUUGCCGGCGAUCUUGAGGUGAAAUUGGGCCGUCAGGUGUACACGAUCGUGAAGAUCGACUUUUGUCCCAUGGUGUACUACGACGGAAGCAUCAGCUGGUCUCAAGGACACUGGGUAACAACGUCCAGGGAGGGGAUUAUCAAUUUCUGGACCAAAAAUUGGAAGCUUUGGCUCAAAGCUCGCUCGGUCCCGUCGCGCUUGAAACGAUCGAAAACCUGGGUCCUGGACGCGGUAUCGCUACCCGAUCAGCGUUCGUUUUGCGUUGCAAGUUUAGAGUGUGAGCUACGGUUCUACAACGUCGUGGCGGGUUCGUUCACGUUAAAAACGGUCAUCGAGCAAUUGCCCCAUCCGAUCAGUGCUCUGGACUAUCGUUACGGACGGGACGAACCAAGCAGGCUCUUCGUUGGAGAUUAUGAAGGACAUGUGGCGGUGUUGGAAUUACAUCCCGAACGAAAGGCAACGAUGUCGGGCGAGUCCUUCUCGGUGGUUACAUGGGUCCGGUGGGUCGAUUUACUGGCCGGGAAGUAUCCUCCGGUGGACGGCAUUCAUUUUGGGCGUUUGCUAGUGGAUCAAGUGCGAUCGGUGCGAUAUGUUGAAAGUUUAAAGAGUUUCAUCGCAGCCUCCGAGGAGAAUCCACUAACAUCGGUCACCACAUCGAAAGGACCAAAGCAUCCGGCUGUCCCUCUUCCCACUAUAACGAUACAGUCGUUGGAAAACCGCGCGUCAAGGAUCGACUUUUACGUGCCACGCGGAGUGACGUGUUUUGCGUUCGAGUCUACCAAGGAGCUACUGGUGUCCGGUGGUCCGGACUGUGAUCUACGUUUGUGGGACAUUCGGCGUCCAGAGAAACCGUCGGCCGUUCUGAUUGGCCACACGGCAAGCAUUGUGUUCGUGUUCGUCCAGGAUGCUGGGGAGAAAAUCUACAGCCUCGACCAGAAACGUAACGUAAAAGUGUGGGACACGCGGAAUCGGGUGUUGCUGCAAACGUUUAGCCAACAGGCCACUACGCUCGCGAAAGGGCUGCCGGUGUGUGCGUACUACGACGACCGUGAGCGGCAGCUGGCGAUGGCCAGCAAUAAGUUGGUACUGGUAGCUUGCUGUCCCGAGAUUCCGCUCGACCGCACCGACGGUGAGAGUCACACUCGUCCCGUUUCGGUCCUACUGUACAAUGGCCUCUACAAGCUAGUCGUUAGCUGUGGGCUCGAUAGCUUCAUCAUCACGUGGGAUCAUCGGAUGAACCGGAAGAUGAGCAUCAUCACCGAGGCGCACACCCAAAUCCGCAACGGCUCACCGGAACCGGUCGAGAUUACGGCCGGGUGUUUCGAUGGUAAGCAACAGCUGCUGGUGACCGGAGCCCGUGAUGGGUCGUUGAAGGUGUGGAACCUUAGCGGGCGCACCUGCAUGCGCACGAUGCACAUCGAGGAGGACUGCGAAGUGACGGCCAUCUUCUGGAUCGCCAAUCGCAUUCUGGCGAUGGGCUGGAACCAUCGAGUGGUGGAGUUUGCUGCUGCCAGCGAUGCGAAAGACGAAUACCCGAAUGGUUUGCCGUGGCGGAAGCUACACUCGGACGAUGUGCUUUGUGCCGCCGUUAGUACCUCGGUACCGGGCGCGUUGGCCACCUGUAGCUACGCCGGAGAGCUUGUGCUGUGGAUGCUGGAAACGGGACAACCGUAUCGCCGCUAUAACGCUGCCAAUCCUCGCGCGCGUGUGCCGAUUGCGUUGCGUCCGCAGGGGAUUGGCGAAUCCGACAACGAGAGACUGAAAGUGCGCCGAAGAUCCACCAUUCGACGAUCGUUGUUUCAGGCGUCGAUGGAUCGGGCGACGGACCGACGGCUGUCCAGGAUCGUGAUGCCAUCAGGGUUGGAGCAAAUGCGACGGCUUGCGAUUCAGGUGUUAAUGUUUCUACCGAGUCGCCCAAUGGCUCCGAACUACGGCACGCUGUUGGGUUCGCUCGAUACGGGAAUGGUGCAAGUUUGGUCCCACCAUCCGGACGGAGGUUACCGGGGUGCGUUCAGUGCGAUUCACAUGGCAGGGGAUCGGGUUUUGGCGAUGGCAAGCGAUUUCUCGAACCGCUUCCUCUUCACCGGCACGGCACUCGGUUACAUCAAGACGUGGUACAUUGAAAAUUGUUGGAUUCCCGAUGAAGAUAAAUUCAAAGUGAACAAACCGUCGCUACGGAUUCUGUUUCCGUUCCUCCUCGACGAUGUGAUACCGGGGCGUGCCAAGCGAUCGGCCCGUUCGCAACCGAAACCGUGGUUGUUGAACUCGUACCAAGCGCACCGUAGCUGCGUUACCAAACUGGUAUAUUUGGAUCGCAGCGAGUUGCUGCUCAGCUCAAGCAGUGACCGUACGGUACGGUUGUGGACACUGGCCGGCCGCUACAUCGGUCUGCUGGGCAGCCCGGUAAACUGGGAACCUUUAGGUGUGGACCUUCCUCCGGUCCCCAGUUUCCGGUUCCGCAUUCCACCCGAUCUGCAGCGCGAGGUGAGCUUCACCACGGCGAAGGUGUUGCGUGGCGCAAAGGACUACCAGCGACAGUUUCAACACGCAUCGCUCGGUCUGGAACGAUCGCGGAAGUACUUGCCCGGCAUCGAAACGUACGGAGCACCGCUACGGGAGCCGAUUGUGAACCGGAGCGUCCUGAAACCACCGGCCCGGGAGCCAAUGUUGGCCUCGAUUAAACUCGAGCGGACAUUUCCUUCGCUUCCGGUGUACGGCCACAUGGUAGAGUUUCCGGUGAAACCGCUGACCGUUAGCCUGCAGCUGAACGAUAUUCUGGAACGCACGAGAAGACUGCAAUUCAACCAGGUGUCGGACACGGAAAUGGACACCGAAUGGGACACCGAUACCGCGCACGGAUAA